CCAGCCGGUUAGAUGUGAAGAGCGCAAAGUGAAAUCAUUCUGCUGGAGACGCAACUUCGGUGCCCGCUUUCACACGCUCAUCACGAAGUACGAUGCAUAUAGAUGUUAUUAGGUUUAGUUUUUAGUUUUUUUGUGCGUGGAUCAGGCGUGAAGAAGAGAGAGAGAGAGUGUGGGCUAAUUGGGAUGAGAGUCAAAUCAAGUGAGCCGGCAGAUUGAACCUUUAAAGCCUCUUAACGCAGGUGGUGGGAGGAAUACAGCGCGAGGGGAGUGUGUUUAUGUGCCGUGUCGGUGUUUGUAUGCAUGUGCCAUUCCCAGUGGAAAUCCACCCUCCUGUACACAGCGGCAAGGGGGUGAUCAGGUGUUUUAUUUGUGUGUCGGUGGGUGGGGGAUAAAUCCAAGCGGAGACAGAGUUAUGGCUUCUCUGACCUGGACGCGAUGAAGUGGCUCUGCGGGAGUUUCAGGGUUUAAGACCGGAGAGGAGGAGAGCUGGGCGGACGGACACAGAGAGGGAGGAGGAGAAGGGGGACACCAGCACCGCCAAAGCGCACAGCACGGUCCCCAACCCCCUGACGCAGGGAUGGGGAGUACAAGAGCGCACAGGAUAACUCAGCUCGAUCCCAAAAACGGGAGUGGAAAGAUCACUGGGAAGCCAGACAUGAGGAGCGACCAACUCCGGGGACACCUGCACCUGCAGCGGACUGUGAUUUUUCUCAUCGCGCUCACAAUACAACCGCAGGCUGUGUGUGCAGUCGGGAUGUUCGAACUUCAGAUCUAUUACUUCCAGAACCCCCUCGGACUUCUGCAGACCGGAGACUGCUGCGACCUCCAGGGCAGUGGGGGGCAGCGCUGCUCUGCCAGGGACCAAUGUGACACUUUCUUCAAAGCCUGCCUCAAGGAGUACCAGGCCCGGGUCAUCCCAACUGGAACCUGCACCUUCGGGUCGGGCAGCACAGGGAUCCUGGGUGGAAACUCCCAGUCGCUCCUCCGCCGAGGACACGACGGAGGAGGGGAGGAUGGGACUAAUGGGCACAUUGUCAUUCCCUUCAAAUACGCGUGGCCAAAGUCCUUCUCUCUGGUGUUGGAGGCUCUGGACUAUGACAACGACACAUCAGAAUCAGGUCAAUUGAUUGAGCGAGUCCUCCUCUCCUCCAUGUUGAACCCUAGCGAACAGUGGCAGAUGUACCGUCACCACGGACGACCUCUCAAUCUGGAUUACCGACUUCGUUUCCGCUGCGAUUCAAAUUACUACGGACCUUUCUGCAACAAGUUCUGCAGGGCCCGCAAUGACUUCUUCGGACACUUCAACUGUGACCCCAGCGGCACCAAGGUCUGCAGGGAGGGCUGGACGGGACCAGAGUGCAAAAAAGCGGUCUGCAUGCAGGGGUGUCAUCAGGACCACGGCUCCUGUACUGUACCUGGAGAAUGCACGUGUCAUUAUGGCUGGAAGGGCCUUCUGUGUGACCAGUGUGCGACGUUUCCCGGUUGUGUGUACGCAAGCUGCGCCGAGCCCUGGCAGUGUGUGUGCGACGUCAACUGGGGAGGACUGCUGUGUGACAAAGAUCUGAACUACUGUGGCACCCACCAGCCCUGUAAGAACAGUGGGACCUGCACCAACACAGAGCCAAACGAGUACCACUGUGAGUGCCAGGAAGGUUUCAGAGGACGCAACUGUGACAUCGUGGAACAUGCAUGUUUGUCGUCCCCGUGUGUGAACGGAGCCACCUGUGUGGAAGACCCGACGGGCUUUAGCUGCACCUGUACCGACGGCUGGACCGGACACACAUGCACUGAUGCGGUGAGGCAGUGUGAUCGGAGCCCCUGCGGCCGUGGAGCAACAUGUCAGGAAGUUCCUGGAGGUUACCGGUGCCUCUGCCCACCUGGAUGGAGCGGCAGGACCUGCCAGCUGGACACCAACGAGUGUGAAAUUAAUAUAUGCAUCCACGCCCGCUCUUGUCGCAACCUGAUCGGUGGAUACCUGUGUGACUGCCUUCCUGGGUGGACGGGGCCAAACUGUGACAUUAGGAACAGCAGCUGUCAGGGUUUGUGUUUGAACGGAGGUCGUUGUGAGGACCAGGUAUCAGGGUCCAGAUGCUUGUGUCCAACUGGUUUCUCUGGGAAAUAUUGCCAAAAUGUUCCGAGUCCGUGUGACAGUGUCCCCUGUCUGCAUGGAGGACAGUGUGUUGAGAAGGAUGGAAGAACCUUCAUCUGCCACUGUCCUACGGGAUAUUCAGGAGUCUUCUGUGAGAUAGCGUUGGAUCCGUGCAAUCCCAACCCCUGCCAGCAGGGGGUGCCCUGUCACAGCGCAGAGGGGAGAUACAUGUGUGCAUGCCCCGAGGGUUACUAUGGUAACGAGUGCAUGAGCCUCAAAAAUCCCUGCAUUGAUCAACACUGUCCAGAUGCCAUGUCUGAUACGACUCACGGGGGCAUCAGUUUCUACAUCAUCCUGGUGGGAGUCUUAGCUUCAGUGAUGGUCUGUGGCUGUGCCGCCUGCGCCUUCAUCCUGUCCCACCUCCAUCGAAAGCGGAAAAAGCAGCAGGCCGUCCCACAGGAAGAAGGCAUCAACAACCAGAGGGAGAUUGUCAACCUCAUCAGAAACGUCGACCGUCCUGUGCCCCUACUGCCCCCUGCUGCCCCGCUCACACACCCCCCAGCACCUCCUGCCCCCGUCUCACGUUGCUGCGAGGAGAUUGAACUGACCCUGCCGCCUUCCCCUGCACCUUCACACCCGUCGCCAGCACUGAAGCCAGCCCACGGCCCCAAACUGGACAUUUCAAACUUGGAGAGAGAGAAGUUGAACCGCUUCCUCUACACAGACAACGAUGAACUGGAAGCCUGACCCUUGAACUUUUGGGCCUCUGAGGAGCUUUUUUAAUUUUUUUUUAUUUUGCGUUCUCCGCACUCUCGCUCGCAGGGACCUGUUUCAAGUUUCUUGCACUGUGAAAUGGGGUGACCCUAUGACCUUUAUGUGAUACACCUGAGAAGUGACGGUUGCUACGUAGGAGGGUUAAACAUCUUACCGUGUUGUCGUCUCUGACCUUAUUAACUUUGAGAAGCAGCAGCAUGUUUGACUGGAAGACUCAUCAGACUCUUGAUUUAAUCUGGAGACUUAAAGACUUGCCUUGCAGUGCCUGAGAUGCUGUCAAGAGGAAAUCGAGGAUGAUCCUCUGCAGGAGCUUCUCAACCUGUCUCCUGCUCCAUGAUGCCAUCAUUUCUGUUUCAGACUGAACUUUGGCAGACAGAGAUCAACAAAUGAAUGCUUAUUUAACACUCAGUGUGUCUUUCUGUGUCUGGUUGUCUGAUGUGUAAGUGUGUGUGAGAGAAUGUAUAUUAUGAGUGUAUGUGGGGGGAUAAGGAAGGAAAGUUUACUUUAAGAAAAGAAAACAAAGUUGAUAUACUUGUCAAAGAGGGUGCAUACUCCUGCUCCAAAGGCUUUUAAGCCUUUUGAAAACUGUUAAAAACUGUACACUGUUGCCUGUAUUGUCUCUGUAAUACACUACAGUUUGUCAAAAAUGUAUGAUUUUUUUCAUACCUGCGUGUAAAAUAGCUUUUUUGUACAUGAAUAUAUUGUACAUAUUGAUGACCUUUUUGUACUGUGGUUUGGUCUGAAAGUAUCACUGUAUUACUUUACUCUGUUUGUCCCAUUUCCCUUUCCAUUUGGAGCAACCAGCACAUGUGGAUUGUAAUAAAAGUGCAUUUACCAACUCUA